AAAAAAAAAAAAAGGAGUUGGCUGCAUCUUCUUCCUGAUAACUCUUUGCGUGUGAUACCCUCUCCCUUUUCGCGCUGCUGGGAUAUCUUCAUCUACCUCCUGUUCACAUCUCCAGUUGACGUCAUCAUGUCUUCUCCCCAGCAACGUCUCAGCCAAGUCGCUUCUCACUUCGGAUACGGUGGCAAGAAAGGAGCAGAUGCCAUUACCGAAAAGCACCCCGAUGAUAUCGUGGUGACAUGUGCUCUGCGGACGGCCCUCACCAAGGGUGGAAAGGGCGGCUUUAAGGAUACCGCUGCUGCCGACCUGCUGGCAGGUGUGUUCAAGGCGGUGAUCGACCGUAGCAACAUCAACCCCAGCCUGGUCGAGGAUAUCGCCGUGGGAUCGGUCCUCCCUCCUGGGGGCGGUGCCACCGAGUUCCGCGCGGCUGCGCUCGUCGCUGGAUUCCCCGAGACGACUGCCGUCAAGAGCUUGAACCGCCAGUGCUCCAGUGGACUCCAGGCUAUUGUUGACAUUGCCAACGCUCUGCGCUCCGGCAUGAUUGAGGUUGGUAUCGGUGCUGGCGUCGAGAGCAUGUCCUCUCAAUACGGACCCGGUGCCGUGACCGAAUUUUCCGAGCUGCUUGAGAGCCACCCCGAGUCCGCCAACUGCAAGGUCCCCAUGGGCGUCCUGUCGGAGCAGAUGGCCAAGGACCGGAAGAUCUCGCGUGCGGCCCAGGAUGCCUUUGCCGCGUCCUCUUACCAGAAGGCAGUCAAGGCGCAGAAGGCCGGUCUUUUCGACGAGGAGAUUGUUCCCUUGCAGGUCAAGUGGACGGACCCCAAGACCAACGAGGAGAAGACCAUCACCGUCAAGGCGGACGACGGCAUCCGCGACGGCAUCACUGCGGAGUCGCUGGGCAAGAUUCGGCCCGCCUUUGCCAAGGACGGCUCCAUCCACGCCGGCAACGCCUCCCAGAUCUCCGACGGCGCCGCCGCCGUGCUGCUGAUGAAGCGGUCGACCGCCGAACGCCUCGGCCAGAAGAUCAUCGGCAAGUACGUGAGCGGCAGCGUCGUGGGCGUCAAGCCCUUGCUGAUGGGCAUCGGGCCCUGGAAGGCGAUCCCCGUAGCGCUAGAAAAGGCGGGCAUCACCAAGGACGAUGUCGACAUCUACGAGAUCAACGAGGCCUUUGCCUCGCAAUGUGUCUGGUGCGUCAACGAGCUGGGUCUGCCGCAGGAAAAGAUCAACCCCAAGGGGGGAGCGAUCGCCUUCGGUCACCCGCUCGGCUGCACAGGCUCGCGACAGGUCAGCACGCUUCUGACGGAGCUGAAGCGAACCAACAAGAAGAUCGGUGUUACUAGCAUGUGCGUCGGUACGGGUAUGGGUAUGGCUGCUGUGUGGGUGGCGGAGUGAGGGAGCAAAUUGGAGGAAAAUUCGAAUGAGCUGGCUUCAUAGGGGACUUUCCUUGAGUAUCUUACUUUUUUGUCUUAGUAUACGGAGUAUAAAGAGCAGGUUUCUUUUUCUUGGUAGGCUGACUUGCUGGACACUCGAGCUCUGCAUUAAGUUUGAUGAAUAUAUAGCUGUGAUCCGCUUCAAAGGGUAAUUCGUC